AUGUUCUCCUCACAUCAAAAUAACGACUUUUGGGAUCGGCCCAUCGUCUUCAGCCCCAAGCGCAUCGUGCGAGUCCUCACUCUCUGCGUGCUUGUCACCCUUUCUUUAUUCACUGUGCUGUGGAUCGCCCCGGGCAGGCGGCCUUCAAGAACCUUAGCGCCUUUGCAGGACAAGGCUGCUGAUUCGACUUCUCACAGCUCGAGCCAGGAUAACAGUCUUAAAGAAUUACAAUAUCCUUCUACCGAGAGUACGAAUCUGAAAGAACCAUCAUAUUCCUCCAGCAAGAGUUCGGACCUAGAGGAAUACCCCCACUCCAGGGAAAGCUCAGACCUGAAGGAAGCGUCUUACCCUGAGGAAAAAUCCGUCUCGAAGGAAAAGACCAAGUCUUCACACAACUUAGCGUCUCUUGCAGACAGCGGGACACAAGCAACAUUCACAAAAACGCCAUAUCCCCCCCUCCCUCCUGGUGAUGACGAAGAAUACAUAUCCAUAUGUAUCGCUGUGAAGAACCAGCACGUGGACCUUCUCGAAUGGUUCCCCCACUAUUACUAUCAUCAUGGCAUUCGACGUUUCUAUGUCAUGGAUGAUGGAAGCCAACCACCAAUUUCUAUACUCCCCGAUUACGGUAUCCCUCGCUCAGCUAUUACCUUUGUCUAUAUACCUCGCACCCCAAUCGAAGAACGGCCCGAGCCGAUGCAUCACCAUAUUUACGGCGACAUGUGCAUCAAAGACUAUGGCAAGCGCCACACAUGGAUGGGUUUUCUAGACGCUGACGAGUUCCUGGAGAUGCGGAACGGCCAAACGCUAAUGCAAUGGCUACAUGAUUGGGAGCACAAUGAUACUGUCGGUGCCGUGGCUGCUCAAUGGCUCACCCACAACUCGGCAGGAUUACUUACCCGUCCUGAAGGCGGUGCCCGCAAGAAUUUUGACAAGUGUGUCGUCAACGAUCCCAAUGGCGAAAACAAGCAUGUUAAGAUGUUUGUCCGUACCGAGCUCUUCCAGCAAGUCAACAAUGUUCAUCACAUUGGAACGAAAGAUGGGUACAUGGAGGUAGGAGAGCAUGGCGACCCUACCGGACCAUGGAGAAAUCCUGUCACCCAUGAGAAAUGGGCUCUUCACCAUUAUGGGAUUAAGUCGCGGCAAGAAUUCAUAGAGAAGCAGGACAGAGGUAAUGCCAACGCGCUUGCCAAGCCGAUACCUCAGUCGUUGUGGGAGGGUGUUGAAGGCAUGGAUGAAGUUGAUUGCAAGGAGCUGACUGAUUAUUAUCCAUGA